GACUCGCUUGGUUAUUGACUUGUUUAUUGUAUAGAAGUCCAACCAAUGACAACGUUUUCCUUUAUCAACUACAUCUCUUCGUCUUGUUUCUUUUUUCUGUAAACUCAUAUCACUCAGACUUGUAGACUGUUAUUUCAAUGGAGACACAACUUUCAUGGCGAGUGAGAUUAUCCUUCAAGAACGCUACUAUUUUCAUUACUGUUUUGAAUGUCAUCGCCGCUCUUUUCAUGCUUCACUUCUUUCUCUCUUCGCGUAACAAGCUCUCCUCAAAUCAAUCCACUUCAGUUCAGCUUAAGUACAUCAAAGAAUCUGAAGAGAUUCGUCUCGCUAUGCAACCACUAGAGCUUAUAAAAAGAGUGAGGGAAAUCCAGCAGGAAGUAAAUGCAGAACCUGAAAAUGUUCAACACAAAGAGGCAAAGCAGACAGCAGCAGUCGAUCUUUCGAAAAGAUUGAAGGAUCUACAUUCCGCCAAUGACGCUGCAAACUUAAAAGCUUUAGAAGAAUGGCGGAAACGAAAAAUGGAACGAGCCAGGCAGCGUCAACUGGGAAAAAAUCAAACUACCUCUUCACAAGCAUUGGUUACAUACUAGCCAGAUUAGUGAUGCUGUUAAAUGUUGUAGCAUCAAACAUUGAGAAGACUUUUGAGUAAUCUUGAAAGCUCUCAUUCAGAUGUACAAAGUAAAGCUUAGAAAACUCUUUUUCGCAUUUUCCUGAUAAUGGAACAGUUAUAAUUUAACUAUAGUAAUAAAAAACUAAAUUUGGAGUCCAA